UGAACAAGACGAGCUCGUGGCGUGCGUUUCGCAGGGAGCGGCGAACUAUAUAUAUAUAUAUCUUUAUAUAUAUAUAUAUUAAAGAUAUCGAGAGUGAAACGAAAAAGCACAGUGGACAAUUAUCAGAAGAAAAAACAGUGCAAUUAAUCGUACUUUGUCCCUUAUUUUUGUGUUAAAUUUUUUUUUUUUUUUUUUUUUGCCAUUUUCUGUUGCUGUUUUGAGAUGAAAGACGGCAGCAGCAGUCAUGGUAAUCGUGAGUGAGACAAAGGAAAGUGGCAGGCAGUCGCGUUCAGUUUGAAGCCGCCUUACCACAGAAAAUAAAUAAAUAAUCCGCAACAAUAACGGCCGCAACAAAUGUAUAGCAGCAGCUACUGGAUCCAGAGCAGCAGCCCACAACAAUAAAAAGAAAAAAACCGGAGUUCUGUUCAUAUUUCUGUCAAAAUAUGGGCCAAGAGAUAUCGCAGCAGCAAAAUCAGCCACACCAACAACACCACCAGCAGCACCACCACCACCAACAACAACAACAACAACAACAACAACAACAAACGCCCCACCACAAACGACAACCACAGCGAAAAAGCUUCAGCGGCAUUAGCACCACCAAUCAGCCGAUCUACACGCCCACCAGUCACCUAUCGACCAGCAGCUCCUCCACCACCACCAACGAUUAUACAAAUCCUACCGGUAAUACAAAUAUCAAUCAGAAUCAGAACUAUCGAUUGCGUCACAAGUACAAUUUGAGUAAACAAACCUACGAGAGGAGCAAAAUUCCAGCAAGUGGAGCAAGUACAAGUCAAUCGGACACAGAAUCGCAUUACGCCAAGUUAAAUUUGCAGAGGAGCAGUUCCCAGAGUUCGGACAGUGGCAUCUACAACUCGUCGUGCCACUGCAGCUCCAUAUCCUCGAUAUCGGCGAUCAGCAGCAGUGCCAGCAGCAGUCGCAGCAGCAGUAGCUCCAGUCGCGGUUGUCCCAGCUCAUUGGUGUCGAGCAAAUCGAAUCGAUCGCUGGACAAGCAGAAGCACUACCUGAGCCACCACCUGUACAUCAAGUCCUAUCUGGACAUCUUGGAAGAGGACGAGCGGGCCAGGGCGCAUUUCAAAUCCGCUCGUCCAGGCGGAAUCCGCAACUAUACACCCAAGAUCUUGGCCAGCGGUGAAUCGAGUAUUUCCAAUAGUAACACCAGCAGUAGUCACACAUCGACGACUCUAUCUUCGAGUGCUCCGGCUCAUUGUUACGGUCCGGGAAAGAGGACAGCAUCUGGAGCAGGAGCAGGAGCAGGAACAUCCGUAGCGGGAAAACACUGUCAGGAGGAUCCCGUCGAUCCCGAGAACAAGGUCCAGGAGCCAACCGUCAUACGUCGUCAGUAUGAUUUCGUUGUGAUUGGCGGCGGAUCCGCUGGAGCUGUGGUGGCCAAUCGCCUGAGCGAGGUUCGCAACUGGACAGUGCUGCUCCUGGAGGCGGGCGGCGAUGAGACGGAGAUCUCGGAUGUGCCAGCUCUGGCGGGAUAUCUGCAGCUGACGGAAUUGGAUUGGAAAUACCAGACGACACCGUCGUCCACGCGUCAAUAUUGUCAGGCGAUGAAGGGCGAUCGCUGCUUUUGGCCGAGGGGAAAAGUACUGGGCGGCAGUUCUGUGCUCAAUGCCAUGGUUUAUGUACGCGGCUCGAAGAACGACUACAACCAUUGGGCUUCGUUGGGCAAUCCGGGCUGGGACUACGACAGCAUGCUCAAGUACUUCCUCAAAUCGGAGGACGUUCGUAAUCCGUACUUGGCCAAGACGCCUUAUCACGAAACGGGCGGAUAUCUGACGGUCCAGGAGGCCCCCUGGCGAACGCCCCUCUCGAUCGCCUUCCUGCAGGCGGGCAUGGAGAUGGGCUACGAGAAUCGGGACAUCAACGGUGCCCAGCAGACGGGAUUCAUGUUGACCCAGAGUACGAUUCGUCGCGGUGCUCGAUGCUCCACGGGCAAGGCCUUCAUACGCCCCGUGCGUCAGCGUCAAAACUUCGAUGUCCUCCUCCAUGCGGAGGCCACCAGAAUCCUAUUCGACAAGCAGAAGCGGGCAAUUGGGGUGGAGUACACGCGAGGAGGCCGUAAGAAUCUGGUGUUCGUGAAACGAGAGGUGAUAGCCAGUGCCGGGGCAUUGAACACACCCAAAUUACUGAUGCUUUCCGGCGUUGGGCCAGCGGAGCAUCUGCAGGAGCACAAUAUACCGGUGAUUUCCGACCUUCCCGUGGGCAACAACAUGCAGGAUCACGUCGGUCUGGGUGGCCUCACCUUUGUGGUGGAUGCUCCCCUAACCGUGACCCGCAAUCGCUUCCAGACCAUCCCCGUUUCCAUGGAAUACAUACUGAGGGAACGUGGUCCCAUGACGUUUUCGGGCGUGGAAGGAGUGGCCUUUCUCAACACCAAAUACCAAGAUCCCUCGGUCGACUGGCCAGAUGUACAAUUUCAUUUCUGCCCGAGCUCAAUCAACUCCGAUGGCGGUGAGCAGAUACGCAAGAUACUCAAUCUGCGCGAUGGUUUCUAUAACACGGUAUACAAGCCGCUGCAGCACAGUGAAACCUGGUCGAUAUUGCCGCUGCUGCUCAGGCCCAAAAGCACCGGAUGGGUGCGUCUGAACUCGCGGAAUCCGCAGCAUCAGCCGAAGAUCAUACCCAACUACUUUGCCCACCAGGAGGACAUCGAUGUGCUGGUCGAGGGCAUUAAGCUGGCCAUCAAUGUCUCAAACACGCAGGCAUUCCAGAGAUUUGGCUCGCGGUUGCACAACAUUCCACUUCCGGGCUGCCGGCAUUUGCCAUUUCAAUCGAACGAGUACUGGGCCUGUUGCAUCAAGGAGUUCACGUUCACGAUCUAUCAUCCGGCGGGAACUUGCCGCAUGGGCCCCAGCUGGGAUGUUACGGCCGUGGUCGAUCCCCGAUUACGGGUCUACGGGGUGUCUGGAGUUCGGGUGGUGGAUGCCAGCAUUAUGCCCACGAUUGUCAAUGGCAAUCCCAAUGCCCCCGUCAUCGCCAUCGGCGAGAAGGCCUCCGAUUUGAUCAAAGAAGAUUGGGGCGCCAGGCGGGCGCACACUUCAACUUAGUUUAGAAUGCUAUCUACCGCUAAUUUAUGUUUCAACUAGUCAAAUGUGGAUUAACAGACGUAAUAUUAUCACUAUGUGUUUUCGUUGUAUCGAUUUCCUUCUUUCGUUCGCCGCUAAAUUUAUGCUUAGUUAUUCGCAAGUUAAGUUAAGUGUACGAAUUCCCACAUAUAGUUUUUUUUUUAUUUUAUCGAGCAUUUUAUUAAAUAUUUAUGUAUUUAUGAAACAAUCUGCGGGGUGU